GCAAUUUUGAAACACUGCUCGGUGUUGAACUGAGCUUAGCGAUACGACUAAUGUGAUUACUACUAAUAAAUCAGAUUUAAGAUAAUAUUAAAUAUCUUUAGAGUUCAUUAGUGCGUUUGUUUUUAGUGAAUGUCGAAGUAAUUACUUCGUUACGUGGAUUUAUUUCCUUUGCAAGAUGAGCAGCAGAACAACGCGAGCGGCGUCCAUUGGACAGACGAGCAAAAACAACAACCAGAGCAGGAAGUCGGAUGGAGGCACCCCGCCACGCAGGAGAUCAGCACGGCUGUCUGCGAAUGAAGAAAACAUGCCUCCUAAAGCCAAGGCUUCAUGUGUGCCUGUCAAACGAUCAAUCACUGUGAGGAAGAUUGCACCCAGGCAAACCCAGGCCGCAUCAGAACCUAAGGAAAAUGUGAAGAAAAGAGUAUCCGGUGAAUCUAGAAAAAGGUCCAUGGUCUCAAUUCCAACCCAAGUCGUCGAGACGACGGUGUCCAAACCCAUGAUCCUGUCUUCCAUCCAGGCCUCCGCGUCCCCCCCUCCCCAUACAGGACAACCAGAGCAGGACCCUGUGUGGUCCCGCAAAGUACGGCGCUCGUACAGCCGCUUGAGCGCGGGCAACCUCUCGUUUGAGAGCCCCAAGCCGCAGUCUGCCUCGUCCCCCGACCGCAGAGAGACUCUGUUUGGGUUCGAGAGGCUCCAAACCCCAGAGGUGAUCUGCAAAGCUGAUGUGUCCAGAGGAGCUUCUUCUUCCGUGUGUGUCAGAUCCUUCAACCUCUCGGCAGCUGACGACAGCAUUGCUAACACCCCAGAGCCCGAUCUGAACAUCCCUGGGGUUUGCAUGGUCAAGAAGAACGCACGGAGGAAGAGGGUUCAACAGAUAAAGAUGUCAGAACUGGACCUUCUAGCUGCAAAGAUGAAUGCUGAGUUUGAGGAGGCGGAGUGCUUUGAGUUGGUGGUGGAGUGACACGCCGGAGCAGCUUCAAAGACGCUUCAUAUCCUGGGGAUAAGUGAACUGAUACACAAUCCUGCUUCAGGGUGAAUUGCUUCUGUCUAAGAGGAGGACAGAUCAAGCGAAGUUGUUGAAUAAAGCUCUGGAGAAAUGGAAUAAGCCAUUACUUUUGGGGAUAAUUGCUUACUUUUGCCAUUUACUUUUGCUCUGUAAUAUGUUCUAGUCUUUCUCUGUCCUCUAUGUCAAUAGAGCGGAUCAGACUAUAUGAUUUAACCCUAGUUUUAAAUUUGUGCUUGUUUCCCUCGUAUCUUCCGUUGUCAAAACAGACAUAAGCAGUGGUAUACAUUGUUUAGUUUAUUUCUCUGUGUAUUGUCUGAUUCUGUAGAAGCGCUAGUUGUGUUCAUUCACGUCGUUAGGACAUGAAACUUGGUUACUUGUUGGUUUUUUUUUGACUAAUGUUGUACUCAAGCUUUCUACAAACUAAACCAACCAGCAGAAUAACUCAUUUUGAGUGUUGAUUUUACUCAUUAUAUUCUGUUGUUCAGACUUAGUCAUUUCAAAGCAUAUAGGAAUUAUUUUUUUUUUUGUAAAAAUAGCAGCCUGAAUUCAAAGAGGUUGUUUUGUUCUUUUUAUAUAUGAGGGUGAGUCAAAUGAAAACCUUAAAAGAGCGACAUGAAUUGGAGUAGCAGGGAUCGAGACACUCAUUGAACGAAAUGUAGAUUAUGUAGAAAAAUUAUUUCUCAUUGGUGACAACUGUUUGCAAUUACCAAUGAAAAGUAAAAAAGGUUUUCUAUAGACUCACCCUCGUGUAUGGCUGAAGCUCUUAUAUAAGUUCAUUGACCACUCUAUUAGGAACACUUGUACAUCUGCUCAUUCAUGUAAUGAUCAAAUCAGCCUAUCAUGUGGCUGAAACUGGGCAGUUGAAGAUUGGAAGAAGAAGAAGAAAUAAAAACCCAGACAGUGAUUUUCUGAUCUGUCCAGUUUGGGAGAUCCUGUGCCCAGUGUAGUGUCUGCUGUGUGGUUGAUCUGUUCAGCUGUUGUAUCCUAUCCACUGUGAGGUUUGAUGUGCUUUCUGAAAUUCUUUUCUGUUCACCGUAUUUGUAAAGAGUUGUUAUUUCCAUUAACAUAAGCUCUCUGUCAGCUCGAACCAGUUUGGGCAUUCUCUGACCUCUUUCAGUCACAAGAUGUUUCCACUCACAGAACUGCAGCUCAUUGGAUGUUUGUGUUUUUUGCAUCAUUCGGUAAACUCUAUAUAUUGUUGUAUCUGAAUAAUUUUAUGCAUUGUGCUGCUGAUACAUUAUCAGCUUAUUGGAUGUAUGAGCAGGUAUGCAGAUGUUCCUAAUAUAAUACGACCAAAAAUAAAUAAAUCACAGCUAGUUAUGUUAUGAAGAAACUAGAAAUCCCAUGGUAGAACCAUGGUAGUGACCAUUACAAAGCAGCGACACUGGAGACUCCUUCUGUAAUAGUGAAAUAUACAUCUCCAGAAUCAAACAACCAAUUAAAAAUAAUAAUACAUGA